AUGAUAACAAAAAAAAAUGUUAGUAAUGAAAAAAUAGUUACACCUAUUGUUAGUAAAUCAGAUACCAAGCCAAUUAAAAUAAAAAACUUGUAUGAAUUACAUAAUGAAUUAAAGUAUAAAAUUUAUACAAAUAUAUAUUCCUAUAACACCUUUUGUGAUGGGAUAUUUAUCUGUAGAGGUAUUAAUGGAAUAACAGGUAGAAAAAACAGUGGAAAGACUAGCUUAAGUUCACACAUAACUGUGAACUUAUAUUUUAAUGACCUAUUACAUUUUUUUCAUCUUUUUUAUUCUACAUAUUUUGCUUUUGAAAAUUUUUUGAAAAAUGAAAACAUUGAAAAUAAAUUCUCCUUGAAAAUAGGAAAUAAUUUAAAUAAAAUAAAAAAAGAAUUUCAUAAUAGUAAUGAAGCUUUUCAUGAAUUAAAUGAAUUAAUAAAAUAUUUUACUUUAUUAUUUGUAAAAAAGUACGAUAAAAAAAUAAAAGAAAAUGAAUUUUACUUAAAUAAUAAUAAAGAAAUGAAUGAAAGUAGUAACCUAUUUUAUAAAAAAAAGGUUAUAUAUUUAGACUUAGACAACAGUUUUUAUAUUGAAAGAUACAAAAAUAUGAUUCAUUCUUCAAUAUAUAAAAUAAAAAAAUUAAUGGAUACAUAUACAGAGUUUUGCUCUGAAAGAAGCUCCUUUUUAUUCUUAUUACUUUUAGAAAAUAAUGAUCUAAAAGAAAAAUUGUUUUAUAUAUACAAAAAUUUUGGUAAAGAAUAUUUCCUAUUUAUAAAUUUAUUUAAUUACUAUUUAAAAAAGUAUAUAAAUGACAUUACCUUUUUAGACGUUUUCAAAAAUUUACAAAUUUUAAAAAUUUUUAGUUUUAAUGAACUAUUUAAUGUAAUAAAUUAUAUUUAUGAGCAAAUACAAAAUUAUUCUGUUACAUCAGUUAAUUAUUUCAAUAAAUAUGUUUCAUCAGACUUGGGUAUUUUAGUUCUUGAUAACUUAAAUUAUUUAUAUAAGAGUUACGGAUUUAAUACUGAUUUAAAUAAUGAACUAACAAUUUUAUUAAAAAUAUUAUCAAAAAUAUCUACAGAGUAUAAAAUUUGUGUUUUAAUAACAACUAACGAUAAUAAAUAUUUAAACAAAUAUGAUGAUUAUUUCAACAAGAUUUAUUCGAAAUAUAUAUAUAACCGUAUAGUUGUAAGAUUUAUAAAUAAAAAAUUUUUUUUUGAAUAUAAUUAUCCUUCUAAAAAACAUAAGCAAUUUCAAAAUAAAAGCAAUUCAAAUAGUUCAAGUGAAGAUAGUUUCGAUGAAAUAGGAGAAAAUGGUGAUGAAGCUUUCUAUGAAAAAAGAUACAACCAAAGAUAUAUAAAAGUAAAAAAAAAAAAUAAAAUAAGCAUCUGUUCUUUUGAAAUAAAUGAAUAUGGAAUUCAAACUUUAUUAGGCUAA